AUGGGUCAUUUCACUGUGUUACCUGCCGAGCUGCAGAUCGAGAUCUUCGAUCAUCUCCAACCCGUCGAUAUCAAGGCUGCAAGAGCUGUUAGCAGAAAGCUUCGAGAUAAUGCUACGCCGGCCCUAUUCCGCAGUAUCGUCGCAUGUCCAAGGUAUCUGGCGCUUGGUGCUUUCCAAAAUAUCUCACUGCACUCGAUAUAUUCAGGUUACCCAAAAGAGAUCGUCUUCGAUGGUACUCUUUACAGUGACCGUAUAGCUAAACACGAUCAACAAUACUACUAUCUCGCAAGCAAAUAUACCGGGUUGCAGACAGAAGUUGGAUCGCAUUGGGCUCGCCGAACCAGAUGGAAGCGUUUCGCAGAAUUGUACAAGGAACAACAGACGAUGAAAGACGAUGGUGUCCUUCUCCAGUCACUUGCACGGGGUCUGGAAAACAUGCAAAACAUCUCUUCCAUUGUAUAUUCUCCGCGUCAACAUCCUAUUCCAGUUGAGCGCAAAGCCUUGUCCGACCUACUCCCGAGAGGUGAAGUUCGGAAAAUGACCGAUGCUGUUAGUCGCUUCACUUCUCCAGAUCACCCGUUCCGCCAACUUAUCGGUGCCAUCUUCUUAACGGGAUAUACUGGAAUUCAACAACUCACGGUUCAAGCACCGAAACAGGACGAAGAGGAUGUCCAUUUCUACCCAAACGUGUUCUCUCUGGCCAUGUUCACGUUCCCGGAUCCCAACGACCUGUGCGCUGGACAGCACCUCUUUCUACAUCUGACCAGAGUAGACAUCAGUCUAUAUAUCGGUAUGACCGUUGUAACAGACAACGUGCCUGCUGCUCGACAACAGCAGCUCGAAAACUUUGCCAAACUUCUCGAAACGGCCAAAGAGCUACGACAUCUUUCUCUCGGAGUUCUUGACAUGCAUUACAGCGUAUUUGCGGUGAGACAAGUCCUUUUCGACUAUAUUGGUCUUGGAGCAAUAUGGCCGAGACUUCGCUCGUUGAGCUUAGAAGGCAUAUCAGCCAAUAUGGAAGACAUUAAAAAGAGCGUCACUCGACACAAUAGUACACUCCGAGCAUUACAUCUGAGCGACUGCAUCCUUUGCACUGGUAGCUGGCAAGAUAUCGUGAACGAAGUCGUCUCAAACGCAUCAUCGAUCAGCACCUUCACUUUACACAAAGUCAACGAGGGUUUCUCGACGUACAGUGAUAGUACGUCUGCAAACAGGACGGACAGAAGAUUUGAGGGUAAACUGAUAGUGGGACAAGACGGAGAACGACACUUUGUCGAUACCAACCCCGAGUAA